CCACCCGGGAGCGGAAGGCAGUUGAGACUCCACCCUAUCGUUCUUCCGUGGAAACUCGAGUGCUGCUGUCUCUGUAUUCCCCCUUCCCUUGUCCGUUCUUGCGAGUGACCGACGGUGUCUAUUGAUUGUGAAUCGUUCUACCCAAGCAACGGCGAUAACGUUUGCGCUGUGGGUACGGGUCGGUGUUGGCUCGGUAGAUACAACACGUAACCACCAGAGCGCACAACUCCUGUCCUUCGUGUGCAGUAGUUGAUUGCCAUGGAUCUCUCCGUCUUGGCUGCUGUGGGAUCUUUUGUUGUAUCCGAGCGAGUACUGAAGCCGAAAGCAACCGUUUUGGUUAUUUUGGGUGCCAUUUUGGCCUACGACUUGACGACCAAAACACACGAUGUCUCCAGCUUGCGCGUGUACCGCGGACCCGCCUUGUUUGCGUUUACGCUCAUGAUGUGUGCGUAUUCCUUACGCACUUGGCGGCGCAACGGCAUUGCCUGUGACGAACUUCUUUUUCUGCCGGGAACUGCACACGGACAACGGCACGGCUUGGACGAUGCCAACAACGUUUCGAUGGGCCACGACUCGGCUCCUCUACGGACCGUGGAGGCUAUCUCGCACUCGCCCGACGAGGGAGACGUGGCGGCGGGGUGGACUAUACCGGCGCUAGAACUGACGCGUACGAACGCUGCGACCGCAAAUAGCGCUGGAGUCGUACAGAGGAAUAGCCAAAGCCCCGUACGGUCAAGGACCUUGAGCCACGAAUCGUCCAUAUCAUCUAUACAAGAAUUCGUCAACAGCUGGGAUGAAGACGACACGGAGCAUUUGGACGAAGACAAUCGAAUAAGCACAUCUACCGGAGCUGAAUCUGAAUUCUUUCUAUCCGAAGAGGCUAAUUCAGGCAGCACAACACCUAGCGGGAACGCGCCACAGACCGGCAUACACCAACGCGGUAGUCGCUUGACCCGCGGAGUGGAACGCUUCCGAGAAAACCAUCCGCAAUUUACUCGUUUGGGCUCCUUUUUCUUUUUUCGAUCAUCGGCUACGUCCACCCAGUCGGCCGAGUACGCACCGUCCGGUCCAUCGGUAGUGGGUGCAGCGUUGGAUUUGAGCAUGCCUAUUUUGUUCAACUUUCAUCUCUACAUUGAGGCCUACAAUCACAUGGACCAGUAUGGAUCAGACUUUCCUGCCAAAAUCCUACCCCUCAUUUUCUUGUCGGUGUUAGUGGUCCGUUCGAUGUUUCCACCGGGACGACGGAUGCGAUUUUGGUCCACCAUGAAAUUUACCGCGACGGCACCCUUUCACCGAUCACGCUUUCGCGACUGCUUUAUUGGGGACGUUGUUACUUCGUUGGUGCGACCGUGUCAGGAUGUUUUGUUUGCCUUGUCAUACUACGUGACAGUUAUUUGGGGUACGCUCUCGCAAACGUACGGGUUGUCUGAAAGUGGAAGUUACUUGGAGCGCAGUUGGAUUUUGCAUAACGUUGUGUUGCCGUCGGCGGCAUUGCUACCGCUGUGGUGGAAGUUUCUGCAAACCCUUCGGCAGUCGUACGAUACGGGGAAACGGUGGCCCUAUCUCGGCAAUGCCUUCAAAUACUUGUCUGCUUCGGUAGUUAUUUUGUACGGUAUGACGCAUCGGGAAGACCGACGAUCAAUAUGGUGGCUCGUGUGUUUUGCUGCAUCCAUGUUAUACCAAAUUUGGUGGGAUACCAUCAUGGACUGGGAUCUAUUUGUGAUCGAAACGCGGUCGGAUCAAGCCACGGAUACUGACCAGGUUUGGUUCGCCAGUUUAUCUUCCUACCGACCGAAUUCGUAUGUCUUGCCUUUCCUGGAGAGUUGCACUCGCCCGAUUCGGAAAACGUUCGUCGCGAUCGUGACCUUUAUCCCGAGCUACAAACAAAUCAAACUACGACCACAACGGUUGUACAAAAGCGAAGCGUUUUACUACAAGGUUUUUGUAUACAAUACACUCUUUCGAUUUACGUGGAUGCUGUGCUAUAUUCCUGCUUACCAUUUGUCGGCAUCGGGGGAGGAGCAAGUGACGACUUUUUCGUCGGAUACCAAGACCUACGUAGGGGUGUUACUACCUCUGGCUGAAAUUUUGCGUCGCGCACUUUGGGGAUUCUUGUUUUUGGAAAAUGAGACGAUCAAAUUGCAGAAUGGCAACGCGAGCUACUCACGGAUUGAAAGUGUCGAUGAGCCGGAUGAAGAAAAUGCUGACCAGUCGGAAAUGUCGAGCAUGUCGGAUGGCAGUAGUAAGGUGCGGCUGCCGUCGUGGUUGGGCUCUCCACAGCUGCAAGACGAAUCAUCUUUUCGUUUGCGGGAUCGUUUUCGGAGAUUUUUGGAAUGUAACGAAAGAAUGCGCCAACGUCUCUUCAUACUGGAGCUUUUCUUGUGGGCCGUCGCUUUUGUGGGCUUGGGACUGUGGGCCACAAACUAG